AUGGGUGGUGGACAUCCGACAUCAAGCUACGCAUGGGCAUUUGCCAUCAUUAGAAAGCCUACGCGAUACUGUCCAGAGCACCACUGGUCAAAGCCGGUUGCUAAAGCAAUUCGCAUGAAUUUGAACUUCUCUGAUGUCGACUAUGAAACAGAAUUACGGCAGGAAGCUGGCCGCUUACUUGAUCGCUUCAUGUUGCAAAACGUGAGAAAAGACACAAGCGAUCAAACUAUAAAUGACAAACUGCGGCUUACGUUAGCGAAUAUCGAGUCGUUUGUUAUGUCGCAGCCAAGAGAGUUCUUGGAUGCACUCUUACAGGAUGGGCACUUGAUUAUGGACGAAAUGCAGGUUGAAUCAGUAGGUUUCCAGUUAUUUAAAGAAAACGAGGAUAUAUGGAUUAUACCGGAAAAUUUGCAAAUUUUCUGGAAACCAGUUUUCCAUUACCUGAAUGAAGCCAAAGUUCUACCUGAACUGCUCUUCCAGAACUUCAGUGAUAAAAAAUGGGCGGCACUCAGGCAGCUGAUUGUUCUUGCAACUGAAAAACCAACUGUUCCUGCAGAUCUGCUGCCAGGAAAUUCCAUUGUCGGAGGAAAUUUCAAAACUGUUGAAGACCUGAAACUGCUUGUGUCUCAAGUGACAGCUGAAAAGCAACCGCAAGCAAACGAUCUGUUAUCUAAUGCAGGCGAUUCCGGUCGUUGGCGCGUCUGUAAUCCAACGAAAUGGAAAGGUAUCCCGCUUGGUCUGACACCAGAACAGAGCACUGAGUCGUUGUACCUUGUCGUGGAGCCUGAAACUCUUCCAUCUCGAAAAAGAUGA